AUGUACUCUUUUCUACUAAUUUUCGCCAUUAUCCUUCAUUUUGUUCUUCACAUUAUUUAUGCAUCAACGGUAAGUAUGUGCUGUCAUCGUCGUGGCGUUUCCGAAGCAUGCAGUAAUUUAUUAUGCGAUCCAACUAAACCACCGAAUGAUUUCGAUGUAUAUAAUAUUUUUGAUCAUAAAAUUAAUUGUUUGCCGCAUAUGAAAAAUAUUGCCGAAUGUUUAGCGGAUGGUCGUAAUCAUAUUUAUUGCUGUAUAAAUGAUGCGAAAGAUCGCGAUGAAAAUGCAUGUUUCGGCCUUUGCGCUGGUGAGGGCCUAAAUAAUCUGGAAAGAUGGGAUAAUUAUCAAACAUGUUUAGCGCUUAAUAUUGCAACAAUGUAUAAAUGUUUUGAGCGUGGUUAUUUGAAUAUUCCAUCACCACCAACUGCUACAAGAAUUAUUUCAAAAGAUAUGACAUCAGCGGUUUUUACAUGGUCACCACCGGAAAGUAAUCCACAUCUUGCAUAUUCCUAUCAUGUUGUUUGUCGUGAAUCGGAUAAUGGUGUCACCGAAAUGACUAUUGAUACUCGAUCGACAAAAGUUACAUUAACCGGACUUCGUGCGGAUAGUAAAUAUUCAGUUGCUGUUGCGGCAGUAAGUCGAGACGGUAUUCAGCGUUCAUUAUUGUCUGAUAUACUUUAUUUUUAUACUGCUGGCGUUGCUCCUCGUAUUAGUGCGUAUAAACAACACGUAUCAAUAUCACGUAAAUCUGAGUUUGUUACACUUGCUUGCCGAAUGCAAAUACCUGGAACAAUGCACACAAGUGCGCAUAUUCAAUGGAUGAAGCGUAAUGAUAAAAAUGGGCAAUAUUAUAUUUUAUCAGGAAAUAGAUAUUCAUUAACAAACUAUAUUAGUUCUCAUGGACAACCUCGUCUUUAUGUUUCCACUCUUCAUAUUCAACCUUUACAAAUCUCGGAUUUCGGAACAUAUCGUUGUAUUGCUUCGAAUGAUUUUGGUACUUCGAGCUCUAAUAUUCAAUUAUCGAUACGUAAAGUUACUUUCGCUUCACCAAUUCCACCUGAACUUCCCUAUCAGUGUUGUCAACGUCAAAAUAUUCGAUCACCUUGCGCAUCUAUAUGUGGUACGCAAGCUGGUAAACGUGGUGUUCUACGUGCAGAAACCUUCAUGAAUAAUCAAUGUGAUGAUGAAAUUGGCAAAUUUUUAUCUUGUACUAUUGCGGGAAUUGACGAAGGCGAAUGUUGCUUACGAAAUAAAGUACCAAAUGCUUGUCUUCCAUUAUGUGAUGAAACAUUAGAAGCUGGAAAUGAAAUUCCAUUUACUUGUGCAUUGCAUACAUUUUCGAUAUUCGAAUGUCGAAUGCAAAAUGCUGAAAAGCGUCCAAAACCGGUGACCGGUCUUAAAGCAAAUUCAUUUGGUGAUACAACAUUAGUAAGUUGGAAUCGAGUCGAUACAGCUGAUAUCUAUUAUAUCUAUUGGAAACGUAAAUCUGCAAUCUCAUGGGAAAUGCGUUCAAUAUCAAAUACUGAUAAACGAAUCAAUGGUGCAGAGGAAAUUGUCGUUUUAGCUUCGAAUGAUUUUGGUAAUUCACCAGCGUCACAAUUAGAUUUCGAUGGUAAUAGAUGGGUUCCUUUAAAUUAG